UAGAUGCAAUAAGCAUCGUAUUAACAAGUAGUAACCAUGCGAAAUUUUCAAAUGAGUUUUUUUACCAUUUGCAUAAAAACAGAAGCCUCGUUAACAUUUGCACAUCGCCCGAAUGGGUUCGCCAAGUAUUAGCAACGGUUUACUUGGGCACAAAAGGUACCACAGAAGAGAAUCUCAAGGAACGAUUGAUGUUGCAGGGUGACAGCCCAAUGGUGGCAGUUAAGGAAUUUCAAGAUUUUCAUGACAAACUAACAGAAGGUCAUGUUAUAUUCAGUACAGGAAGUUUUGUGUUUGAAACAGCAAAAAAAGCUAUUGUAAACGCGGAGUAUCUAAAAAAGACUGAAAAUAUCUUUAAAACAGAUAACAGAAAGUCAAUAUCUUUAAACGAAGAAUGUUUGUGCAGUUUAAAAUAUUUUAUAUGGCCAAAAGUUAAUCACUUCAUUCAUGCACCAAGAGUUGGUCCAAACAUUAAAAACACGAAGAUUGGAGUUGUCAACUCCAUUUAUUUUCUUGGUUAUUGGCAAUAUCCAUUUCAGACAACAAAACGUGCUGAUCUGAGCAUAGACCAUUCAAGCCAGGAGUCAAGAACACCGACGUUUAUGAAAGCGACUGGAGAAAUGGCUUAUGAACAAAAUAAAAAAUUGAAUGCCUUAAUGGUGAGCGUACCCUUUAACAAGUCGGAUUAUUCGAUGCUUAUUAUAAUAUCACGCAAAAUUUCAAGAAUUGAAGAAAUCGAGGAACAAUUAAAGGACAUUGAUUUGCUAAAGGUAGCGCGUGAUAAGAAAAAAAACUUUGAGUUGGUGAUGCCAAGCUUUGAAUUUAAUUUUGAAAUGGAAUUAAAUGAAUUUUUAUUCAACGAAAUGAGCAUAACAGGAAUUUUUGAAAAUUGGAGAGAUUUCAGUAAUUUGUCUAACAAAAGACUUUUCGUUCAGAGUAUUAACCACAAAACCAGAAUAGCGGUAACCCCAAAAAGAAUGGAAGUGGCAUCAGUAAACGUUGUUCAGUUGGACGAGCCGACACAAGGAAAAAGUUCUGAAUUUGAACAACAAUACUGGUUGCAACGUUCAAGAAACAAUGGAGCAGAAGAGGUCAAGCUAGACAAGCCAUUUUAUUUUGCUGUACGAAACAAAGAGAAAAUAUUCUUUAUGGGAACAGUUAAGAAAUUUGAAAAUAUUAUCUAAUAUAGUUCAAUAAAAUAUAGAUUCGCUAUUAGAAAUCCUCCAUAGCUACCGUA